CAUUUUGUAGAUGUUCAUAAUGAUAUAGCCAAACUGUUAUACUGUGUUUGACCGAUUGAACCGGACUGUUUCAGAUAUCCAUUCAAUUAGACGGUAGCUUAAGCGGCCUUAUAUGGUUGAUACAAGAAGACGGGACAUUGUGUUAAACGUGGGUAAGCAUACACACACAUGGAGGACUGAGUACUGGAUAUCACUGUGAACAUAGGAGCAUGGUGUUGCAUCUUGGAAGUACAUUAUAAGUCAGACCAGACUGACAGACAGAAUUAUUAUAUAUUCGGUGCUGUACAAGACAUGUUCUGAGUUUCAUGGGAUUGUUUCAAAAGAAGGCAGUGAAGGCAAUUUUGAUGAGCAGAAGAGGAGAACUUGCAUCUUGGAGCCAAGGAAACUGAACAAUUAAAGUUGGAAGCAAGAGUAAGGCAGUAGAAGCAGUGCACUCCAGCACCACUUGUAGGUCUACAGUCUCUACCGUGGUGUUUGUCACAAGGCAGCGGCGGCGAACGUGAUUCUGGGAUAGUUUGUUGCAAACCAAUACUGCUGAAGGCUACAGAUACAAUGCAUAGGCUCGAUGUGUUAUGAUAUUUAGUUCUGCUAGGAUUUAAUAUAAGUAAUAAUUGCAUAAGAAAGGAUUUAUUGUGACAAAAUGGAUGUAAAAAUGGGAGUGUCAGUGCUAAUGGUGGUGUUAUGUGGAUAUUUUUGGACAGUGAAUGGGCAAGCAUUGAAGUACAAUCCUAAAGUUUCUAGUAAUGGCCCAUCAUCAUCGAGCGAGCCUCUGUCAUUACAAUGGGGUAUUCCAGACUCCACAGCGUAUGUUGGCAAACUCUUCCGCUAUACGCUGCCCUCUGAUGCCUUCCAGGGAAACAUUGUCAAAUAUGACAUUACUGAGGCAGGCAAGCCCAGUCUCCCGUCAUGGAUGGUGUUUGACCCCCUGACCACUGAGCUAAAGGGUAUCCCGGCCCCCCAAGACAAGGGUGCCAUUUACCUGGAGGUGGAGGUCAAGGGCGAUGACAACUCACAGGCCACUGACGUCUUCUCUAUACAAGUGCUUGAGGACACCAAUGGGCAGAUUAGUACAAUAUCCUCGGGGGACAAACAGGAACCAAAGACUGUAAGGUGCAAACGAGAGGAGCCACAAACCAUGGUUACCAUAGUUGUGGAUUGUGACCUUGACUUGAUGCAUCCUAGUGAUAAAAUGAGUUUGCUGGAAAACAUGGGAGGCCAUUUGAGUAUAUCACCAGAAACCAUCAACAUUGUGCCUGUAGGGAACAAGCCCAUGUUUGAUAGCAGUGCCCUAGUUGUUGGAGCUGGAAACAUCAAGGAGCCCAAAACCUCUGGUGCUCUGUUGUCGUGGAUGAUAGGGUGUGGUCAAGUGAAGGAUGAACACAUGUCUAUACUCCACCAGGUGGAGGGGGCAGCAGCUAACGGAGACAUGAGUUCUGCCCUUGGCCAAGACAUUGUGGGAUGGCAUGUAACCAACACAAGGUUCCAGGCAAAACCCCGUAGGCGUAGGGCUGCUACAGCCACCCCUGUCAUCACUCCACCUGCACCCACCAAGGUCGUGGAGGUGACUACUACAGCCACUAUAGAGGCCUCCUCUGUACAGAUUAUGCCUACAAAAACAGUAGAAGUAAUGCCCACGAAGAUGACAGACAAACCCACUCCAAGCCCCACAACCACCACCGGCAUCCAGCCAUCAGAAACUGUGAAGAUGCCCAAGACAACCAUGCCAACAACAACAUCAACACUGCCUACAACCACCAGCACCACAGUGAAGACCACACCAACCACCACAAGUACUCUGAAGCCCACCACACCAAAACCAACUACACCAAAACCAACUACACCCAAACCUACCACCCCCAAACCCACCACCCCCAAACCCACCACCAAGCCCCCGACCAUGCCACCAAAGACAAAGAAGCCAACCCCUGCCCCGCUCUGCCCGCCAGGAAAUCGCAACAUCCCACCCAGGGUCAACAAUCCACCAGAGCCCAUUUUCCUUGAGGUUGGAGUCAAUUACAGGAAGAAACUGGAUGAGCUCACUUUCCUUGACUGCUAUGAUGACAAUACAAACAAUCUACUCAUUGAAGUCUUGGGUGAAUCCAAGACCAUGCUAAAUAAGGAUUUCUUUUUAAUGGUAAAACAGUCUAAACUUACAAAACCAUAUGUAAUUAUGGCAAAUCCUCUUGAAGACGAUAUUGGUGAAUAUAACUUAUUUCUAGAAGCAAUGAACUCUGAAGGGAAAUAUAACUCAAUAGACUUAACAGUGAAUGUAGUGAAAAGUAUGGUAGAGCUUCCCCCACCAAAUCAUGAACUCAGUAUGACACUUGAUGCAGAUUAUGAUCAAUUUAUGUCUGAUCUUAACAAUAGGGUGGAAUUGUCAAACAAAGUAGCUGGCAUUUUUGGGGAGAAAAACUCAAGAUCACUGACUGUGACAAGACUAGAGCGUGGCUCUGUGGUGUAUGCUUGGACAAAUAAUUCUGUUCCCUCUGGCUGUCCAGUAGAUGAACUCUCCAUGUUAGUUGGUAAAAUGUUUAAUGAAGAUGGCACGUUAACAGAUGAGGCUAAGGCAGCCAUGGACCCUUACACUGUUAACUCGGCAGCUGCUGCUCCUAUGGGGGCAUGUGAGGGAAAUCCAAACUUCCCCAGCCGAUCAAUGAUGAAAGAUAAGCCAAUCAUUACCAAAUCAAGUACCAUAAAACCCAAGACCACACAGAAACCAACAAUGGCUCCCAUAGAGGAACCUGAUGAUGUUGAUGUUGUUAUUGAUAAGACCACACCAGCAAAAAAACAAACUGAGAAAACAACAGACACAAAUGUUGCAGCAGCAGGUGCAGGAGGUGGUGGUGGCAGUGAUAUCUGGAUAACCACUGUCGUUCCAGCCAUAGUGGUGGUCAUUGUGCUCAUCAUAGCCCUCACAAUCGCCUGCUGUCUCUACAGAAAGAAGAGGAAGGGUAAGAUGAAGCUGCAGGAGAAGAAUGAGUUCUCCAACAAUAAAGGUGUGCCUGUUAUAUUUGCUGAUGAAUAUGAAGAAAAGCCAAAUGAAUCUACAAGACCGCUGAUAUUGGAAGAUGAAAAACCACCAAUGCCACCUCCAGAGUACCAGCGAGCCUCAAGUGAGACGAGCGGAAAUUCCAGUUCUACACAGCCCGUCGAUGAUCGAAUAGAGGAAAUAGAAAUGGAGGACACAAGUGAAAUGUCUCCCCUCUAUACCCCUCCCCCGCCAGUGACUGCUACUAGCAACAACAAGCCUCCACAUGUACACAGUUCUAGAGGCCCUCCACCUUAUGUGCCUCCGUAAUCACUUUCUAAAGAGUAUUCUUGAUUAAGCAUUUUCAUUAUUGAACACAUUAAAAACUGGAGAUGCUGAGAAUUCACUGGCUUUGUGCAGGUACAAGCCUUGAUAUGAGAAUGUUAAAUUAAAAACAAAGAAAUAGGGUUCAGUCUGAUGAUACAUAAGUGAUAUUUCAGCAAAUAAACUGCCUUAGUGCCAUUGGUUUUUUACGAUGAUAUUAUUCUGUGACUUAAUUGAAAGAAAACGAGGCCAGUGGAAUUAUACGGGGAACAAAUCUCCUUGUGCAUAAUAGUGCAUGAAGAUGACUAGCCUGUGUUCACAAAACUUUCGGGCCAAUGGUCUAGGGGAGAAAACUCAUGUCAGGAGUUUGGGAAUUAAGAGUUGUUUCCCUUUACAAGGUGCUGCGUGUUCUCCAUGUAAAUAAUAUUGCGAUUGUUGUUUGUGCUAUGUUUAUAGUUUCAUUUUACUUCAUUAAAUAGUUAGGACAGUUUAAAACCAUAGGAGGAAUGGGUUACCAUACCAAACAGUUCGAAUGAGGGAUGAAUGAAAAAUUGCUUUGUAAGAGUGAAUUGAUUUCAAAUAUUUAAAAAUUAGAACGUUCACUGAAAUGUUUUCGUUUGUUAAUAUACUUUUACCACAGUUUUAUAAAUGCAAAUGACUGUCAAUCAUUUGAGAUCUCUGUAUACAAACGUUUAUUUCUUAUUUUAAUCAUGAUGUUAUGACUUUGAUUUGAGAAUUAUAGUGAACACUUUCUUAUUCAAAACACUGUUAUCAGAGGUUGUGAAUUAUUAACCUACUAGGACAUAAUGUACAUGUCGUAUGUCCUUGUUUGAUACCAUUUGUUAAUGCUUGUUGCAAGUUUAAGGUUUAUAUUCUCUGUAAAGUGUAUCUGCUUGAUAGUCAGUUCUAAAAGUUUUAAUUCGGAAGAAUUUUAAGUCAGACUGAUUUAUAUGUACAUAUUUAGUACGUUUGUAUAUUUUGUUUCUGAUAGAAACAUAUGCAUAUUUUUCUUUAGUGUUGUGAAGUACUUUCAGUUAGUGUUAAAUGGUUGUGCUUUGGAAAUAAUUUAGUAUUAAGCCCCUUCAUGAAUAUUAAUUAUGCACCCGCCAUGAUCAUUUUAUGUAGUAGAUUUACAGUUUUACAUUUCAUGCAUUGAAAAAAAGAAAUUGUUAUUUUUUUUAAAUAACCAAUUAACCUAAACCAUUUUAAAACUCUGCUCCCACUGUAUUUUAUGUAUAAGUUGAUAUUGUCAUUUAUUUAAUUAAUAAUUCUGUUUUAUCUAUCAUAAAUCUAUUUAAGUUUAUUUUACACACUUAUUAACAAUACUAUACAGUUAAGUUAUAUUGUAUGUUUUAUAAUCAAUAUUACAGACUAUUUUUGAACAUGAUCUACAGCUGUUUACAAAGUGUAUGUUAUAUAGCUUGUGCAUGUACAAAAUCUCAUUUAAAUCUUAUUGUGACGUUCGCUUCAUUUCAUUGGGUUGUGUUACUAAGCCUAACAUAGCGUAACAUCAUGACACGUGAAUUGGGCAUUUGAUUUUAAUGAGAUCGAGUAUACAUAACGCUCUGUGGUUGUAAAGUGUGUAAAGGAUGAAACUGUGCAAGCCGAAACAAGGGUCCAUAUUUACGAACCCUCUCAAGGGUAUAGUGGACACAUAAAAACUUCAAAUCGUCAUUUCAUUGUAACUUUCCUUUUAACAGGUCAUUAAUUGUUAAAACUUUGCAGAUUUUUUUUUAAAUACUUUAGCCUUUACUAUGAUUAACAUAUAUUUUAAAAAAGGAAUACAAUACAGACAAUUUUUAUGUUGUUUAAUAUAACUGUUUUUCUGAGAGUUUGAGUGUAGACCUGGCCUUGAGGCUGCUCCUUGUCAUAGGUCCAGGUUAAAACACACUCUCCAAACCCAUCCGUUCAUUCAAUGCAGCAGUCAUCACAUAGCAAAUAAAGGGUCUGCCAUUGUACAUACUCGUACAUUUCUUGUUUUUUCUCAACGAAAUUGUUCCAUUUUUAGCUGUUAAAUCUUUAAAAAAGAAUGGUAGCAGUAUUUAUUUCAGAUGAUACAUAAAUUAUGACCAUUGAAACUGAUUAAAAAUGAAAAUAAAUAUAAAGUGAAUUAAAAUAUGAUAAAGAGUAAUGCUAACAAUUAUAUAUAUAUAUGUAUGCUCCGGUACUGAGAAAUAACCGAAAAACAUAGAGUCUUUCCGAGUCUCUCUUCUACCAAAAUCAGGUAAUGCAAGUAACUUAAAAGAUAAUAAGCCUCAACUUCCAACACCAAUUUUGACCACUGCAUUUUCAUAAAAUAAUCAUUAUAUAUUAUAGAGAACCUUUGACAUGCAUCUGCUACAUUAUAUAUUUCAUGGCCAGGAUGGAUCUGUUGCUUGUUACUUGAAAUGUUGAUGAUGUUUUGAUGUUUUAUUUUGAUUGUGGUUACCACAGCUGACAUGUCAAACUAUUACUGAUCACAUAUUUAUUCUCAGAAUAAAUUGUAAAACUUU